CGCCCCCCGAAGCAGUUCCGGUUCGGCUGGCCGCUGCUGGCGGCGGGGCGCCGAAGGUGCCGGAGCGAUGCCCGCGCGUAGCCGAGCUGGCUCCAGCCUGCGCUCCGACUCCCCUUCCCGGGCUCUGCGUCUGCCGCUCGAGGCGCUGCGCUCCGCUGACGCGCCGAGGACCCCGGACGCCAGCUCCGAGCUGGGUCCGGGCAGCUCGGCUCCCACCGCGGAGGCAGUGGAGGAAGAAAUGGCAGGCCCUAGUCAACUCUGCAUUCGCCGCUGGACUACCAAGCAUGUAGCGGUGUGGCUGAAGGAUGAAGGUUUCUUUGAAUAUGUGGACAUUUUAUGCAAUAAGCACCGACUUGAUGGAAUCACAUUACUCACACUGACUGAAUAUGAUCUGCGAUCUCCUCCUCUGGAAAUCAAAGUCCUAGGAGACAUUAAAAGGUUAAUGCUCUCAGUCAGAAAAUUGCAGAAAAUCCAUAUUGAUGUUUUGGAGGAGAUGGGAUACAACAGUGAUAGUCCUAUGAGUCCCAUGACUCCAUUCAUCAGUGCUCUUCAGAGCGCAGACUGGCUCUGCAAUGGGGAGCCCACGCACGAUUGUGAUGGACCCGUCACUGACUUGAAUUCUGAUCAGUACCAGUACAUGAAUGGCAAAAACAAACAUUCUGCUCGAAGACUGGACCCAGAGUACUGGAAGACCAUACUGAGUUGUGUAUACGUUUUUAUAGUAUUCGGGUUUACAUCUUUCAUUAUGGUUAUUGUUCACGAGCGAGUUCCUGACAUGCAGACCUAUCCACCACUCCCGGAUAUAUUCUUAGACAGUGUUCCCAGGAUCCCGUGGGCCUUCUCCAUGACUGAAGUGUGUGGCAUGAUUCUGUGCUACAUUUGGAUCCUGGUUCUUCUUCUUCACAAGCACAGGUCAAUCCUUCUGCGAAGGCUCUGUAGUCUGAUGGGCACUGUAUUUUUGCUUCGCUGCUUUACCAUGUUUGUGACCUCGCUCUCCGUGCCAGGACAGCACCUGCAGUGCACUGGAAAGAUAUAUGGAAGUGUGUGGGAGAAACUACGCCGGGCAUUUGCCAUUUGGAGCGGCUUUGGUAUGACCCUGACUGGUGUCCACACUUGUGGAGAUUACAUGUUCAGUGGCCACACAGUUGUUCUAACCAUGCUGAAUUUUUUUGUCACGGAAUAUACACCAAGAAGCUGGAAUUUCUUGCAUACUCUAUCCUGGGUUCUCAACCUCUUUGGAAUCUUCUUCAUCUUGGCUGCCCACGAACAUUAUUCCAUUGAUGUGUUUAUUGCCUUUUAUAUCACAACAAGACUCUUUUUGUACUACCAUACUCUGGCCAAUACCAGAGCGUAUCAUCAGAGCAGGAGAGCAAGGAUUUGGUUUCCUAUGUUUUCUUUCUUUGAAUGCAAUGUUAAUGGCACAGUACCUAAUGAAUAUUGUUGGCCUUUUUCUAAACCGGCGAUAAUGAAAAGACUAAUUGGAUGAAGACUGUAUCUCUGUAAUGAGUUUGUUGUUAAAUAUACAGUAGUUAUGGAAUGAAAAUGAAUAACUUUGCUUUGUCCCCAGGUUGUUCCUGGAUAUGUUGCAUUUUUGGCAUAUAUGUUGACAGGUUUCCUGUUCUGAGCAAGUCUGUGACUAUAAAACUCAAGAAAGAGCAGCCAAGACUCCUUACCUAGCAGUUUAAACAAAGAGCUCCGGAGGGAUUUCCUGCCCCUCCUGCACUGUAGGAAGAGCCAGUGUGUGGGUGCUGUGCAUGCUGAGUGUUUGCUUACUGAACUCAAACACAUCAGCUUGGGCUGGUUGAUGGGUUUUUAUUGAUUUCCAGUAGGACUCAAGUCAAAUAUUUUUUGAAGCUCUUUCCCCUUAGCGGGUGAACCAGUCUCACUUCUUCCUUGAGCUAAUCUGUGUCUGUCUGGAACGUGAUUGUCUUACUGGUAAACAUGUUUUAUCCUUUGAACCAUUUUUAAGAAAAGUAUAUUGAACACAGCAACUGGUGUGAAACAAGAAGAGAAUGCAAGGGGCCACGUGUGUGGUGAGAUGCUGGUCAGGUGUCACUGGCCUUCCCACUAAUGCCAAUGUGGGGUCAGCAUUUUCUCCAUAGGUGCAGUUCCUGUUUUAUUUUGAAGCUUCAGUGUGAACAACAGGAAGAAUUUGUGAGGGAAACAGCCGCCUUCAUAAUAGUAAAGUGGGGUCAUUUUAGUGCUGUAAGUGUCUGGAGUAAAUUUGUGUUGCUAGGCAGACAGCAGCCCAGUAUAUGCUUUUCUUAAUGAUGUGACUUAGUGAGACAAGUAAGAGGGUUUUACCAGAUGUUAAAGUUCUUAUGUCAGUAAAUAAGUAAAUGUGCAUGCAAAGAAGUCUUUCUUCUAAUGAAAAAAUUCUACAGGUUGUAGGCAUAGUGUUAACGCUGUGAGGAUUUUUGUUUUAUUUUCCAAAAUUUCUCAUUUUCGACUGUUGAAAGUAAACAGUCUGAGACAUACUUGGACACUAAAAGCUUGUUGCUUUUUAUCUUAAAAAAUAAUUGUGUACAUACAUUCUUUCUAUAGUUUUAAUUUGGCAGUCAAGAACUAAAACAAAUUAGCUCUGUUUGCAUUAGAAAAUUACCUUCAGUGAUUAAUUUUACCUCUGAUACCAUCUGUCACUUUAGCUUUGACCUUAACCUGGUUGUAGAAUUGGAAAUUGACCUCCAACUUAAACAAGUGAAAUACUAAUUGUGUAGUUUUUACAUUCCAUUUUAAUACAAAGACUUUGAGGAGGUGCUGGCAUACUGAGGUCACAGUUAGACCACAGCAGACACUUACUUCUUCUCUGUUUGGAUGAAAUAUUCAUUAUUGCAGUUGGAGUCAUAGUCCCACCCUCUAUGAAGCUACCUGAGUGAAUUAGGCAGGAAAGGGAUAUUAGGCGAGCAGGUUCAGCCCAAGCUGAACAACCGCGCUCUGGGUCUGCUGGAGACAGCACUCCUUUAUGACUAGAGAAGUGAUGUGAGCCGACUCAGGUUUGAUUAUGUUUUUAAAUCUUAUACUGCAGAAUCUUACAGUAUUUUAAAUUGCUGAUUCUGUUACAAGCCAGGAUCAAAAAUGCCAAUAUCUCAUGUAAAGAGAUUUGUAAUCAUGGGGUGAAGGUUUUCCGUGCGUGUUUAAGUGGUUUGACUUGUGGUCAGAGGCCAUUACUGCCACCCUCUUACCCCUAUCCCCUGACACAGCAUGUCAGGACCCAGCUUAGCUAGGGGGAGCUAGUGCUGACUUUCGGAGACUGUUCCAAAAGCACGUGUCAACGUUAACUAUAUUAAUGGUAAAUGUCCUAACAUCAGGCUUCUCCUCAUAUGGAUCAUUGUAGAACAAAAUAGAAAAGUAAAUGCAGGUAGCUUUGCUGCGCUAUUGCAGCCCGCGGUGUCAUUGUGAGUGGCCUCGCGGUUACUCCCAUUUGUUCUGAAGAAAGGUAGGCUAGGUAGUAAGCUAUUAGCUAUUAUAAGACAGCGUUUACAUGAGGUAAUCAUCUUCAGGUCUCAAAACUGAGACAAUCAGUUUCCAGUUUUUGUCUUUACACCUUUUUUCUUGUUGAAAUCUUAACUGUAGAGAAGAUAGAGUUUAUGUUUACAUUCUGGGCAGGAUGUGGCUGGGUGGAGAGGUUCCAUGCUUUGAAUCUUGUAGUUGAUUCUGCAGUUGUACAAGGAUUUCAUUGUUGACAACUUAGUACAGAAGGAAGGAAAGGUUUUGGGUUUGGGGACGCAAACUAGGGGUUCUGUAAGACCUUGAUGGAUUGCCUAUGUCCUAGAAACAGUGUUGUUGCCCUCCCUGUGGUGCUAAACCUAGGGCUGCGUGUGCCAGGCAAGGGCUCUGUUACUGAUCUGCAUCCUCAGCUCUGUUUUACGGGGCAAGGCAGGGUAUCUUAUUGAAAGGGAGCUGGUAGGAAAGGAAUGAGGUUUUAGGGAAGAUAAUCUUGCUCUCAUCACCGCAUACUUUGGCAGAAACCUCUUUUGUCUGUGUUGCAUUCCCAGUAGGCUGUCCUCCAGCACUGUCUGACCAGGCUUGCUGUGGCAAAAAUACUACUUUUAUCCGUGCUGGUUCUAAAUGUUAGUAAUCUUCCAAAUCGAAAGCAAUAGGCUUCAUCUUAGAAUCAGUCGAUUUCAUAAACUAGAAAAACCACUGCUAGGAGGGUACCAUUGGCACUGUGAGUGGCGGCAGCCCUCCUCCUGCCUGUGACGGCCGAGAGCUGGCGGAGAUCAGAGGAACAGAUCCUCUCAUAGCUACCUGUUUUAGGAACAUGUGUGCAACACUUGUCUCCCCCCCCUUUUUUUCAGAUUUUUUAAUAUAUUUUUUGUUUUUGAGGCAGGGUUUCUCUGUGUUGCCCGGGCUGUCCUGGAAUUCAGUCUGUAGAUUAGGGUAGCCUUGAACUCAGGGAUCCACCUGUCUUUGCCUCCCGUGCUGAGAUUAAAUUCAAAUUCAUGACAAAAACCUGCUUUGAUUAUAUUUAGCCAAAAGCAGUUUUAUUGCUUAAAGAUUCUAGAGCUAAAAUCCUUAAGAAUGUUUAUGGUGUCCUUGACUUAAAUCCCCUGAUUUAAUACACUUAAUUAUUUGAUAGUCUUUUGUAGAAAGAGAUCCCAUAGUCAGAGCAGUGAAAGCUCUGUCAGCCCUUUAAGGUUCUCAGCCUUGGAGACAAGAGCACUCCUUAGAAUAGUUUAUUUGCUUUUCUUCGUCCAGUGUGAGAGCCGCCAAAGCAUGUCAGUUUAAAGACAACUUUACAGUUUAGACAGUUGCUGUUUCUUCAGAAGUGAGCUUGGCUUCAGUCGUUGCCGCCCCCCCCCCAUACCUCUACAGCUGGGGAUUGGUAAAUCCCGUUAGCGCUCAGAGAGCUUCAGCUGACCUACCAGGGGGAAGAUUCUGUUUGUCUCUUCUCUUUGUGAGAGCUGUAAAUGGCUGGAAGUGUUGUAGGAGGGGUUGUUGGGUCCCUGUCAAUUCACAUAGCUGAUGUGAUGAACAUUGUAUCAGUCCAGUACAAAUGCCUGUGAACUCUAAGCUAUUUCCCCAGCUACACUAAGUUGUUCUGAGGGUAUUCUACUGUGUGUGAAUCAAAGGCCUCUAGUGUGUGUCUCCUGUCUCGGCAGAAGGAAGCUUUGUGCUUUGACAGGAGAAGGAAUAUUAUGUAUGAAGUUGCUUGUUUUCUUCAUUGUCAUUUCACAUCUCUUUUAAUCUGAGCUACUGGAUUUUCUGAAGAACUAAACAGCCUGCUGUUAUUAACAUCUUUAAAAUGUUUAAUUUUAAUAAUUUUUCAUUGAAGAAUUCAUGGAUUGUUAGGAUAAUGAAAGUUUCUGGUGUGGAACAAAGGAAGUGAAACUAACACUCAGUGGAGAAGCAGUUUGGUUUGCGCGGACUAAGCUAGUCAUGUUCAGUUUGAGGAAUUCUACCUAAAGGUCUCCCUUUCCACGGAAAAACUAGUGUUACUUGAAGAUAUGAAAGUUCCUGUGGUAGCCAUACCUUGAAGCACAGUGUUGUAUAUAAGUAAAUACCUGAUUCUAAAUUAAAUCCAGAUUUAACUAAUAUAUUAUUUUAUAUCUUUGUUGUAUUAAAAUGUUUUAAAACACUAAAAAUAAAACGUUUGAAAGUUGA